GCCAGCUCCGGGGGAGCCCGGCCCGCCCCCUCCCCUCCGCGCGCAAACGAUCCUUGCGACGCUGCGCUCAGCGGCUGCGGCGGGCGGGGGCCGGGUGAGGGAGGGGGCUGGCCCGGGCCGCUCCACUCUGCAGUUGUCUCCGAAGCGCGGGCUGUACCGCCCGAGCCUCUGGGCCGGGGAAGCACUGGCCGUUGGCUUCCGGGCCGGCUUCUCCAGGCGCUCGCAGGCAUGCAGCCCGGGAGCAGGCGGCGCGCCCCGGGCCGCUACUGAGCCGGCCGGGGCUGCGGGACAAGCGCCAGCUGAGCCCCUCCCAUCUUGCCCAGGGGCCUACGAGCGAAGUACCGGCACCCGCUCUUAGCCCGCAGCCCCGCCAGCGCCACCCCCCGCGGGCUGCAGGGGCUCAUGCAGCCGCCAAGGGAGAGGCUAGUGGUAACAGGCCGAGCUGGAUGGAUGGGUAUGGGGAGAGGGGCAGGACGCUCAGCCCUGGGAUUCUGGCCGACCCUCGCCUUCCUUCUGUGCAGCUUCCCCGCAGCCACCUCCCCGUGCAAGAUCCUCAAGUGCAACUCUGAGUUCUGGAGCGCCACGUCUGGCAGCCACACCCCGGCCUCUGAGGACGCCCCAGAGUUCUGUGCUGCUCUGCGCACUUACGCCCUGUGCACGCGGCGGACUGCCCGCACCUGCCGGGGUGACCUGGCCUACCACUCGGCUGUCCAUGGCAUAGAGGACCUCAUGAGCCAGCACAACUGCUCCAAGGAUGGCCCCACCUCACAGCCUCGCCUGCGCACACUUCCGCCGGUGGGGGACAGCCAGGAGCGCUCUGACAGCCCCGAGAUCUGCCACUAUGAGAAGAGCUUCCACAAGCACUCAGCCGCCCCCAACUACACGCACUGUGGUCUGUUUGGGGACCCACACCUCAGGACUUUCACAGACCACUUCCAGACCUGCAAGGUGCAGGGUGCCUGGCCACUCAUCGAUAAUAAUUACCUGAAUGUGCAGGUCACCAACACACCUGUGCUGCCUGGCUCCCCCGCCACUGCCACCAGCAAGCUCACCAUCAUCUUCAAGAACUUCCAAGAGUGCGUGGAUCAGAAGGUGUACCAGGCUGAGAUGGACGAGCUCCCCGCCGCCUUUGCAGAUGGCUCCAAGAAUGGCGGGGACAGGCACGGGGCCAACAGCUUGAAGAUCACGGAGAAGGUGUCUGGCCAGCAUGUGGAGAUCCAGGCCAAGUACAUCGGCACCACCAUCGUGGUGCGCCAGGUGGGCCGCUACCUGACCUUUGCGGUCCGCAUGCCUGAGGAGGUGGUUAACGCCGUGGAGGACCGGGACAGCCAGGGCCUCUACCUCUGCCUGCGGGGCUGCCCGCUCAACCAGCAGAUCGACUUCCAGGCCUUCCGAGCCAACGCCGAGGGCCCUGAUGCCCGUAGGCCAGUGGCCGCCAGCCCCGCCCCCGCGGCCCCUGAGACAUUCCCGUAUGAGACAGCCGUGGCCAAGUGCAAAGAGAAGCUGCCCGUGGAGGACCUGUAUUACCAGGCCUGCGUCUUCGACCUCCUCACCACAGGUGAUGUGAACUUCACGCUGGCCGCCUACUAUGCUCUGGAGGACGUCAAGAUGCUCCACUCCAACAAGGACAAACUGCACCUGUAUGAAAGGACUCGGGAGCUGCCUGGUGGGGUGGCUGCUGCAGGGCAGCCCCUGGCCCCCAGGCCUCUCCUCAGCACCCUGGUGCUCCUCACCCUGCUGCCUUUAUUGUGGUAGGUAGGCAGCUGUCAUGUAGGAUGCAGAGGGAUGCACAGACUCCACCCCCGCCUUGGGGCUCCUACUCCUCUACUCUCAGUUGGAGGGCUGGGGACACCAACAGGGUGCAGACUGGCAGGCACACUGUCUGUGGCCCAGUGGGCUUGCACCGCUCAGGAGCAGAGGCAGCCGCUGGCCGGGUGACCCAUGGGAUGGUUUCCUCAGAGCUGUCUCUGGCAAGGGCUUGGGGGUGUGGGGCGCCGGCCCCUCUCUCUAGUGCACGUGACAAGAUUGUGGUGAUUGGUGCUGUGAUGUUUGUGACAGUAGAGCUGUGUGAGAGGGAGAGCAGCUCCCCUCCUCCCCACCCCUGCAGUGUGAAUGUGCAAAACCCAGCCCCUUAGGCCGAAGCCCCACCCCACCCCCUCCAGAAAGACACUGGGAACAGAGUCAGCUCCUUCUGCCCCCUUGCAAUGCACUGAAACAGGCCCGGCUGACUGCUGCACGCUGAUUCCUGGAGCCACCUGUGCCCACCGCACGCACACACACACUCUUACAUGAGCACAUUCGCACACACGAAGCCUGCAGGAUGCCCCAACCAAGCUGCACAAGGCUCCUUCCCUAGACAGGGCUUCCUUAGGCCAGGAUGCCCCCAUGGGUGCUGUUCAACACCUUUAGCAAAUUGAUAUAACUUUGUGGCCAAUAAGUUGUACCCUCCUGGUACCUUCCCAUUCGUGGCCUCCCUGGGAACUGGAGGGAGACCACUAUGUGCACCAGGCUGCCAUGGGCAAGGGUUCCGGCACCUGCCCAGACAGCUGUUCGAUUGGACUAUCAGUGCGUGUCAGCACAUGGUCUGAGCAACGCCACUCACGAGCUCCAGUGCCCUUCUCUGGCUCUGCCCUUGGCCCUUUCGCUACUGUGCUUAGGAAAUUGAAGUGCUUGGUUCUAAAUGUCUACACAGAGGAGAAAUCCCUUGACUUCUGUUCCUUCCCCUGCAGCAGAUGCAACAGCUCCUCAACAGGGGAGUUCCAACCCAGGGCAUGGGCAGGAGACCCAGUGGAUUGGGCCAGCUGGCCUGCCCCAUCCUCUGCUUUCUCCUCACCAGCCUCCUCACUGCUGGUCAGAAGCCCUACUCUCCACCCUGCCCACCCGUGUCUGGAUUCUGGGGAGAGUAACAGUCUUAGAGGCCUCACAGCCCUGACGUUCCCUGGCGGGGUCUCCUUCCCAAGCCCUGUGGCCACAGAAGAGACCUGCCACUGGGAACCCUGAGUUCCCCUUUGUUUCACAAAAAACUCAGAACAAGUCCCACCUCUGCUGCUGUUCCAGAGAGGGCUGGACUCCACUCCCAAAGAUGCAGCUGGCCCCAGAGGGCGGUCCUGCCAGUGGCCUGCAGCCCCACCCUCCUCUCAUCAGCAUCUGCAGUAGCCCCUCUGCUGCUCCCCAGGGACCUCUCAUACACUGGCCAGGAGGCUGCAAAACCUGCGUCUCCUCCUUCCUCAGAGAGGUCCUGCUCCCUCUGCCAAAACCACAUGGGCUGGUAGGGGCUUACCCAGCCCCUUCCUCUCCCUGCUGGGUUUUUAGAUGAUCCCUAUGUUGGAAGUAAAAAGUUGAAGCACUUUAUUUUGGUUGUGUUUGAUCACGUUCUGCUUGGAAGUGGGGACCCCUCACUGCGUCCAUGUGUCUGCGACCUGUGUGGAGUGUCACCGCAUGUACAUACUGUAAAUUAUUUAUUAAUGGCUAAAUGCAAGUAAAGUUUGAGGUUUUUUUUGUUUUGCUCUGUUA